UCAACUCGUUCGAUUACCAGCACUCCGCAAUUAAUGAAUCGUUUUCUUUCGUCUUCCUCCUCGGGUUGGGUUGUGAUGGAUCGCGUCGGACCGGCCUCUUUGAUUUGGUUCAGGUCUGUCGAUUUGGACCGCGUCCGCCAAACUCGAUUGCUUGGGCGGAUGACUGCCCGCUCAGACCCAACGAAUAGACCAUAUUAAGAUCCCGAACCCAACAUAACCCCACCACAGACAACCUCGCUGACCUCACCCCCGCCGCCACGGUGCUCGUUGGAACCACCGCUCCUGCGGCCGCGACUCCACCGACCUCCGUCCUCGGCCACAAGCACACGAUCUCCUGAUCUGAUACUUCCCAGCGCCCUCCUUCCACCACGUCAGUUCCGAUCUUUUCCUCCUCGUCCUCCAAUUUUGCAUCUUUGCCACAAUGAUGCUGAGACGAUUGGUGGUUCGUUUUCCUACUUCGGUGUUGUUCUCGGCUCAGAAGAUACACACUCCCAUCCUUGGAGAGCGGCCUCUCCCUCUCAAUCUCCCUUCCCAGACAUUCUUGCGAACUUUCCUCGACCUCCACCAGUUUGGCAACAAAGAGGCGAUUGCGAAGGAGCGAGAUAGGCUUUCGGACGAGAUAAACAGAGGAUAUUUUGCUGACAUUUCAGAGAUCCGUAAAAAUGAUGGCAAGAUUGCAAUGGCAAAUAACACUAUUAUUCCAUCAUCAACGGCUGUCAAGUUCCCGGACCUGGAAGUAAGCUUCCCAGAUGGUCGAUGUGUGAAAUUGCCCAUCAAUGCAGCACAAACAGUAACUGACACCAGUCAAAUGCCUGCUCCUUAUGUGUCAUUAUUAUGUCUCUCAUUUCGAGCAAGCUCUCUGGGAAUGGUUGAAUCAUGGAUCCUUCCUUUUCGGGAUUCUUUUAGUGAUGCUGGGACAGUCCAAAUAUACGAGGUGUCAUUCAUAGACUCUUGGCUAUUAUCACUGGGUCCAGCAAGGCGUCUAAUCCUCAAGAUGAUGAGGAAAUCCAACGAUCCUCACAGACAGGUCAUGUACUCCUUCGGCGACCACUACUAUUUCAGAAAAAAGCUUCAAAUUCUGAAUCUACUCACAGGGUAUAUCUUCCUGCUUGAUGGCUUAGGCAGGAUUAGAUGGCAAGGUUUUGGAUAUGCAACAGAAGAGGAACUUUCAUGGCUUCUAUCAGGCACUUCCCUUCUAUUAGAUGAGAAAUGAGCAGAAGUUCAAUUAUGAGUGGCUAAGGAGAUCAAAAAGCUACCAUGACCUUAGGUUAUUUAGUUCCUAGAAUGAUUUGGACAAGUACUUCUACCAAAAAGGGAGGGGAGAACAAAGAACAAUAAAGGAGAGAGAAAACAACUGCAAAUCUAUGCAAAAACAGAGCAGUUGGGGAAAGACCUCAUUUACUUGCUUGCUUAAGCCUGAAACAAAAAUUUUUGCAGGUGUUUCCAUGAUACUUAUAGUAACUGUGAAUGCCAUGUACAUUGGUGCCAAUUUAUGAAUGCAGCGGGCUUACUGGAGCCAAGCAAUAUAGAAUGUCCUAACCAUUUUAAAAGGAUCAGCAUGUAAAGCAUGUGAAGUCAAGAUUCUCUAUUUUGAUCCAUGUAAAGCAUGUGAGUCUUAUUACACUGAGGCUUAUGAUUUUUUCA